CAUUCAACCCACCGCGAAUUUCCUGAUUUCCCACUCUCAAAUUUGAAGUUUUCAUAGUUUCGAUCUGCAAAAAUGUCCGGCCGUGGUAAGGGAGGUAAAGGAUUGGGGAAGGGCGGAGCCAAGCGUCACAGGAAGGUUCUUCGCGACAACAUCCAGGGCAUCACUAAGCCCGCCAUUCGCCGUUUGGCUCGCAGAGGCGGCGUGAAGCGUAUCUCCGGCCUCAUCUACGAAGAAACCAGAGGAGUUCUCAAAAUCUUCCUCGAGAAUGUUAUCAGAGACGCCGUCACCUACACCGAGCAUGCUCGGAGGAAAACCGUGACGGCGAUGGAUGUUGUCUAUGCUCUCAAGAGGCAGGGAAGGACUUUGUACGGAUUCGGAGGGUAGAAAUUUGUGGAAGUUUCGAUGUUCAUCUGAUCUAAACGCAGAUGCAUUUUCCUACUUGAUUUCAAAGCUGUAGUUAGUUAUCUUACCUUUGUAAUGUGGUUGAUGAAUCAGAACAUUUAUAUGAAGCGAAACUUUUUCUUAUAUCUCUGUCUUCUUCUCGUUUCUAUCAAAUUUGAUAAGUUUAGUUGAUUCGAUUAGGUUAUAAUUUCAAUUGAUGGUAUUUUUACGCAUUUUGCAAUUCGGUGUAGUUUCGAGAUUCCAGUUUCCAAAGCUAUGAGCGUUCGACAGCUUUUUCUUAAUUCGAACGGGAUGUAGAUCAUUCAAUCGGCCUAUGCGUUGGGCGAUAAGUUAUUGUGACGAAAUUUUAGAUGCCAUCGUUAUCUGUAGUUCUUGAAGCUCUUGAGAACUGUAUUCUGUAGUGUAACGUGUAUGAUGCUCAAAUUAAUGGAUUCUGCAAAUUUGAGUAAAGAUUGUUAUGUCUUAAGUAUAUAAAUAAAAAAAACU